AUGAGUGGCAGCGCAUUCAAAGCAGGAGGACGCGACUUGCUUGUGUGGGAAAAAGGCGAGGAAGAAUACGAGCGCUCUGUAGCGACACCCAACCUGCUCUAUCGUUUCGCCCGUCCAGACUGUGUCCUGCAGCCCAAAACAAUCGAACAGGUCCAAAGCAUCGUGCGCAUCGCCCGCGACAAGAAGAUCAAGCUUACGAUCAAAUGUGGAGGCCAUUCGUAUGCUGGCCACUCGACUGCUGCCAGCGGCGUCUCGCUCGAUCUCCGCUGGCUAAGCAAGACAAAGCUCGAUAUGAGCACCAAAACGAUCACGUUUGGCGGUGGCUGUCAGUGGGGCCAGGUCUACAAGACGCUGAUCAACGGCCCACACAACGGUUUCGUCAUCAAUGGAGGCCGCUGUCCCUUUGUCGGGGUCGGAGGCUUCCUCCUGGGUGGUGGAUUGGGCCCGUUCUCUCGCAGCAUCGGCAUGGGCAGCGACACGGUUAAGGAAAUCAAAAUCGUAACUGCCGACAGCAAAUUAGUCACCGUCAAAGACACCGAUAGACGCGAUUCAAAGGAGGGGCGUCUGUUCUGGGCUCUUCGUGGAGCUGGUGGUGGCAACUUUGGGGUUGUUGUCGAAAUGAAGCUGGCAGUUGCCCAAUUGCAGUCUCGUGACGGCUCAGUCGUCGCUGGACGCUACCAGUGGUUCGCAAAGAAGGAGGAGCCCGACUUGUUCGACCAGCCCGGCUUUAUGGACCUCAUGAACAAAUUCUACACCACUGACUGGCCCGAAAACAUUACGAUCGACAGUACUUGGAUCUGCGAUCUCCGCCAAAGCUCAGGAAACGGUGUUCGAUUCCUCACAUACUUCGACGGCCCAAAGAAAGGCGCAACUGGCUUCGACGCCAUCAUCGAUAAAUAUAUCGCUCAUCCCGAACUCGCAAAGCAGCUUAAGCGCCGAUCACUCUCGGAAAAGUCCACUCGAUUCCUGCACGAAACACUGGUCGCCCAAUGGUCUGAAGAGACCAUCAAGGCUUUCCCAACUAACAAGAGCUACAGCAUCUUCAGCUCGUUCGUGUUCAAAAACGACAGAGCGACCAUCGAGAAGGUCACCGCGAUCGUCCGCAAAAAGGCACUCGAGUUCCGUGCAUCCUUCCCCGGCGAGCGAGUCGAGUUUCUCGCCACGUUUAUCCACUCGGGCGGAAAGAUGGGCGCGCCACGGCCCGACUCGUCCGCGUUUUUCUGGCGAGAAGCGGUCUACCACAUGUAUCUCACCGUCGAAUGGGACGACAAAUGGAUGGAGCUCGAUAUGCGUGGCUUCCUCGGCAAAGCCAAAGAGGACAUCCGACCGUAUUCUCUCCAAGGCCAGGCUGCAUUCGUCAAUUUCCCUGACGGCGCCUUCCCGUCUGAAUACCACGAGCGAGCUUAUUGGGGGAAGAAUCGCGAGGAGUUGCGACAGGUGAAGCAGAUCUGGGACAAAGACAACUUCUUCAACUCGCCACAAGGCAUCAAAGGUGGGGCGAAAGGUCCUGAAAAGGAGGAAGAGGGACCGGUUGAUCAGGGCAACGAUGAAGAUUUGACGGACGGACUUGCAACUGACCAAUGGGAGCGCUGGACAGUCAACGAAACUAAGGACCUUUCAGGAGACUUGCAAAACCUGGCAGAUCUGGGGUUGGAGCUCGACUUGUAA